AUGGCCACUAUAGUGCUUUUCUCACUUCUAUUCACCUGCCUGAAUGUCAUCACUCAUGGGCAAGAAAUGCCUUUCAGAAAUACAACCAACAGGAAUUUUAUUACAGAAAAUCUAAAGCCAAGCAGAACUUUGUCUUCAAACCCAUCAAGACCUACUGCAAUUCUGCUAUACACAAAUGGAUAUCAAAAUCUAAGCAAGAGACCCUCUGAGAAAGCACCUGGGUCUUCAACUCCUCCACUGUGUGUUAAGCAAACAGAGAUACAACAUGCCUUCAAAUACAUCAAUUCUGUGGUCUCCUGCAUGAUCUUUGUGGUGGGAAUCAUUGGCAAUUGCACACUACUCCGAAUCAUCUACAAGAACAAAUGCAUGAGAAAUGGGCCAAAUGUCUUGAUUGCUAGUCUAGCACUUGGAGAUCUGCUCUACAUCCUCAUAGACAUCCCAGUUACUGUUUACAAGCUGCUGGCAGUAGACUGGCCUUUUGGAGUGGAAGUAUGCAAAUUUGUACCAUUUAUUCAGAAGGCAUCUGUUGGCAUCACAGUCCUCAGUCUUUGUGCACUGAGCAUUGACAGGUACCGAGCAGUGGCCUCUUGGAGUCGUAUCCAGGGCAUUGGCAUUCCCUUAAAAAAAGCCUUAGAAGUGACAGCUAUUUGGCUGGUUUCUGUUGUCUUAGCAAUUCCAGAAGCUAUAGGGUUCAAUAUGGUUUCAAUUAAGUAUCGCGGAGAAGAACUCAAAGUGUGUCUGCUUCACCUAUCCCAGCCAUCAGAAUUCAUGGAUUUUUACAAGAAUGUGAAAGAUUGGUGGCUCUUUGGCUUUUACUUCUGCCUGCCUCUGGCUUGCACUGGUAUAUUCUACACUCUCAUGACUUGUGAAAUGCUGAGUAGAAGGAAUGGGAUGCGAAUUGCUCUCAACGAUCAUAUAAAGCAGCGACGUGAGGUGGCCAAGACUGUCUUCUGUCUGGUGGUUAUCUUUGCCAUGUGUUGGCUCCCACUGCAUUUAAGCAGAAUCUUGAAAAAAACUAUUUAUGAUGAACAAGAUCCCAAUAGAUGUGAACUACUCAGUUUUCUCCUAGUUCUAGAUUAUAUUGGGAUUAAUAUGGCAUCUCUAAACUCCUGCAUAAAUCCAGUGGCAUUAUACUUUGUCAGUCAAAAGUUCAAGAACUGCUUCAAGUCCUGCUUGUGCUGUUGGUGUCAACAGUCGACUCUGAGUAGAUCAAUGGAAGAGAAAAUGGCUGUAGUCAAAUGGAAAGCUACCAGCCAUGCAAAUGGUCUGGAUCGGAGCAGUUCACGCUUCAGUAACAAAUAUAGCUCAUCCUGAACUUUUCUGUAGUUAAAAGAAGGAAAUUCUCCACUGCCAUAUAAACAGUUUCAUACCUGUAUAUAAAAGGUAUCAUAUUUUGUAAAUUCUAAAGCAUGAGUCUGCCUGUAUAUUGACAGCCUUUGGAUGUUUGGAGUAAUGAUUAAAAACACAAAUCAGCUUUUUGUCUACAAUAUUUCACUGUAAAAGUGUA